AUGACUCAGUUCCGGGCGGACGCAGCAGCUCCAUCCUCUGGUUUUGGCGCGUGGGUGGGCUCCAGGCCCGUUGGGCUUAGCUCGCUGGAGCUUUUGGUCACUGGCUCUGUGGCGGGCGUUGUAGCCAAGACGGUGACAGCUCCGCUGGAUCGUGUGCGGCUGAUUUAUCAGGUCACGCCGUCGAAAGUCUACAGUCUUCGAGAUGCUGUCCAGCUGGCAAGAGACAUUGCCCGUCUUGGAGGGCCGCAGGGCCUGUGGUACGGGCACAAGGCCACUGUCUACCGGGUGGUUCCUUUUGCAGGAAUCCAAUUUCUGGCUUUCGAAACUGUUCAGUCCAAGCUGGUGCAAAAAUCAGUGCCUUCUACACUGUCGCCCUAUUGGAUUCCAGCCUGCGCUGGUGCCGCUGCCGCUGUGACGGCCACGGUGGCAACGUAUCCUUUAGAUGUGCUGCGAACAAGGAUUGCUGGGCAUCUUGAAGCUGUUCCCCGCUACCGCGACUAUUCCAGCGCAUUUCAAACUAUUCUCAAGAUCGAGGGUUUCAGGGGUCUCUUCCGGGGACUGUCUCCGACUCUCCUGGGAAUUGGUCCCUACGGCGCUAUGUCUUUUUGCGCCUUUGAGUCUGCAAAGAGGAAACUGCGGCAGUGGCACCAGGUUCCCACGGAUUCAGAUGUGCCACUCCUGCACCGACUAGCAGCUGCCACCCUCAGCGGUGCCACAGCCCAGCUGUUAUCGUAUCCCAUGCAGACUGUGCGCCGGCGGAUGCAGUUCCCCUACCCAGAAGAGUUGGGAGCUCAAGGAUCCCUAGCCUAUGCAAACUUGAGGGACACCUUCAGACAAAUACAGGCCACAGAGGGUUUGGCGGCUCUCUACAAAGGUGCAUCAAUCGUUUGGAUGAAAGGGCCGCUGACCGUCGGCCUUGCAUUUGUGGUCAAUGACGCAUUGAAGGGAUAUUUUCAUCGACGGCAUGCUUCAGACGAGCAUGAUCAAUACAUAGCCCUGCCGGGCAGAGGGCAUGUUACAGAUGGAACAGCUCAAAAGCUCAGCGCUGUCGAGAGUUUGGUGGUUGGUGGUGCGGCCGGAGCAACUGCGAAGACCGUCAUAGCCCCGCUGGACAGGGUCAAGAUCAUCUACCAGACUGACAAGACUCGCCACUUCUCCUGGCAUGAUGUUAUUCAUAGGCUGAAAGACAUCUACAACGUGGAGGGGGUGCCAGGUCUAUGGCGGGGUCACGGAGCAACCUUGCUGCGAGUCGUGCCAUACUCGGCGAUCAGCUUUACAGUCUUCGAUCCAUACAAGGCUGGUCUACGUCGUGCCCUCCCAGACUUGAGUGACGUGCAGGUCCGCUUUGUUGCAGGCGCAGCUGCUGGCGCCACAGCCACCAGCUUCACAUACCCUUUGGACCUACUGAGAGCUCGGAUGGCAGCUCACCAAGGUGCUGCUGCGUACGAUGGCUACUUACGAGCUGUGUCACAAAUUAUCAAGAAUGAGGGCGCAUGGGCGCUGUGGAGCGGCUGGAAACCUACACUUCUAGGCAUAGUGCCAUACUCUGGCAUUUCUUUUGCCGUGUUCGGCACCUUGAAAGCCCACAUCAAGGAGGCCCAGGGGCUCAGCUCACAGCAAGAGAUCGGAACCAUCACGCGAUUGACAGCUGGUGCUUUUGCUGGACUGGUGGCUCAGAGUGUGACAUAUCCUUUGGACAUCGUGAGGCGACGAGCGCAAGUCCAUCCAAAGCUAUAUCGGACAGUUCUCGGCUCCAUGCGGCUCAUUCACCAUGAGGGCAAGCUGGCACUCUUCAAAGGCCUUUCCAUGAAUUGGGUGAAGGGGCCGGUCGCCAUCUCAAUCAGCUUUGCUAUCAAUGAUUUGCUGAGAUCCAGGAUUGCACAAUAG